AUGUGUAAUUACUACACCUCACAUUUGCAUCUGCUGUUGUUUGCGGUUUUGUGGAGCCUCAGCUUCCUGAGCCCGCUCUCCGCCUGGCCGGGCACCGGUCGCAGCAAGCCAAAGGAUCAGCAGGACCCUAAUGUUCGGGACUGGGGGGACUAUUCGGACCUCCCUCCGGGGAUCGAGCAGGGACAGGUGGAUGAAGAAGUAGAACAUGCAGACAACAGAGGUGCAGGAGUAUCAACAUCCAGCCUGGCUCCUGAGCUGGAUUUCCUGGCUGAAUUUGCAGGUAAAAAGCGGUUGUGGGUGAUAACAGCGCCAUCGCACAAUGACCACUACCUGCAUAUGAUGGAGAAACAGCUGGAAGAGAUGGAGCAGAAAGUGCUGAACUGUCGUCUAGCAGAAAGAGACACCUUCAUCAUCACCAUCAUUCAGAACGCCAUGAUGGAAGGUCGGAUACAGAAAACAGCUUUCCCGGGAGAAGCCACGGUCGAGAGUCUCGACCCGGACACAGUUACCAGGCUGCUGCACUACCUGGACCUCAACAACCAGGAGCAAGGCUUCACCAUGCUGGUUCUGAAGAAGAAUCUGUUUGUCAGUGAGCGGUUCCCCUAUCCGGUCCGAGUGGAGGCGAUUCUGGAGCUCAUCGAUCAGUUCCCAAUGAGGAAGCUGGAGAAGAUGACCAGAAAAGGAGCCAACAUAAGGUGUAGCCCUGUUAAAAAGAAGGUUAUGGUGAAAAGGAAAAAGCUAAAGAGGAAGAUGGUGCUGGGCUCUCAGAGGCAGGGAAAUGGGACUUCUGUGGCGGCUCUACCAAGAAAACCUCUAGACAAAAAAGCCGCCUUGAGGAGUAAGAUCCAGGAAAUACUAAGUGGACGGUCGAGGUUUGUUAUCCGUAAGGUGCAUGCUGCAGGGUCCACGAGAGGAAGGGACUCAAACAGCGGUGGUCGAGCCGCUGCCAACGGACUGGAAAAAGAGACAGAGCACAGUUCUCCCUCUGUGUCAAAGAGCAACGAAGAAGUAAAGAAGCCCAGGCCCGAGUCCACUGUGGAAGAAGAUAAGAAGACACAUGGAGGGAGAAACAACGAGGACAAAAGAGAGCAAAAUGUAAAGGAAGAUACACAGGAGAAACCCGGCUCAAAGAAGAAGGGAAAAGGAAAGAAAGGAAAGAAAGGUAAAGGGAGAGGCAAGAAGUCCAACAGAGAAGCCAGUGAUGAGGAUAAAGCGGCCUUGAAGGACUUUUUGGAUAGUUUAAAGGGAAACAGAAGGUUGAUGCUGAUCUCAACGCCCAGCAGAGAAGCGACGCUUUACAUCCAGCAGAAAGAGGAGAAUGAGAGAAGUCACUGUGGCCUCGGCAUCAGGAAGAUCAGCGUUGGGACCAUUGUUGAAGGCAGUGACGCAACACUCACGCUGCAGCACCACCAGCUCGGAUCAGAGCCUCCACUCAAUGAUGUGUCAGAGCAGCUCUUUGGUUCAGGCCUGAUCUCCCUGUUGAGAGCUGAGCUCGGCCUGUCAUCCGCUGACCUCUUCUCCAUGACCGUCACAGACUACGACAUGAGGCCUGAUAGAGUGUUUGAGGCUCCGCCAUCGAGCUCUGUUCUGUUCGAGUACAUCGACAACUUCCCCUCAAGGCGCUCAGAGAAAGAAAAAGAGAAGAAGAGCCCCACAGUCUGCACCAAAGACAAAGAGCCUGGAGCGGAGAACUCCCUGCUCAGGUUCAUGUCUAAGAGGAGACUGCUGCUCGUCUCUGCUCCCUCUGAGGACGACUACUCCUUCCAACAGCAGCUCACUGCUCUCAACGGACACAAGUGUCACCUGGGUAUUCGCCACUUUGCCAUGUUAAAGUUGACUGGGACUGGAAGCAAAGCGUCAGGAAGUGUUGAGUUAUUUCCAUUAAAUGGUCACAGUCAGAGUGAGGUGGAGCCGUUGUCCCGCGACAUGGUCAACAACAUGAGAGAGCAGCUGAAGAUCAGCAAGGACUACUUCAGCAUGCUGAUCGUGGGGAAGGACGGCGACGUCAAGGCGUGGUUCCCAUCCCCCAUGUGGUCCCUGGAUAGUGUUUACGACCUGGUGGACUCCAUGGAGCUUCGCCUCCAGGAGGAAAAGCUGCAGAAGCGACUUGGGAUCCACUGCCCUGAGGACAGAGGCAGAGGAGGCAGUGAGGCGGGACACUAUCACGGCUAUGAUGAAGACAGGGCGGAGGAGAGGUACUCAUAA